CGUCCCUCUCCUUCUGUCUUGAAAAGACAACUCAGUCUCUCUCGUCUCCCUCCCCUUUUUAUUCGCUUAAUAUUACAUUUCUCCUUGAUCGCAUUUUCAACCUUUUUGAGAGUUUAUUUUCCCAUCAUGUUCUGGAAAGAAGCCGGCCGGGGUCUGCGUCAUGCCGUCCCCAAGUCCGUCUCCGGCAAGGGUAUCUGUCGCAUUGACUCCCAGAGAUUCCUUAGUCUUUCUCCACAAAAACCUCAGAUUGUGAAUUCCACGACAUCGCCAUUGACGCUCACGAGGUCGAACGUGGUCGCACGGGGGAGGGGGCAGUGGCAAAGGCUGGAGUCGGCUCGUCGGAGUUUCUCCGCCACGGCCGGAGUACAGCACGGCCAUAUCACCCCGCCCAAGGCCGGGGAGGAAAUCAAUGUUACCUUUGUUGACAAGGACAACGAGAAGUACGAGUUCCAAGUCGCCGAGGGGGACAAUCUGUUGGAUAUCGCGCAGGCCAACGACCUGGAGAUGGAAGGAGCGUGCGGUGGCUCAUGCGCCUGUUCGACGUGCCAUGUUAUCGUGGAAGACCCGGACAUGUUUGACAAGAUGGAGGAGCCCUCCGAUGACGAGAACGACAUGCUGGAUCUGGCAUUCGGUUUGACGGAGACGUCCCGCCUUGGAUGCCAGGUGGUGAUGAACAAGGAUCUGGACGGCUUAGUGGUCCGACUGCCUUCCAUGACGAGGAAUAUGCAAGCAAGCGACUUUGCGCCGAAGACUUAGAGAACGCAGCAUGACCACGACUAAAAAAAGAUCCCGAUCUUUGGGAGCACACUUUGCAGCGCCCCGCAGGUUUGUAGCGGGGGAGAGAACUGUAUGAUAUGAGGGUACACUGGGGAACCAUUAGGCCGCUGAGUAUAAUACUGGUAUUUCCGAUCUCCAUUCCUAUCGAUCUGAGACCACCACCUGUAAAUA